CUCUGCCGUGACGUCUCCCUCCUCUCCUCUCCUCUCCUACUUACACACACCUCGGCCCGCCCCCCUUUCCCUCCUCCCACGCUGGAACUGGAAGGUACGCGCCCCCCUCACGCAGCCAGCAAAGCACGAGCAGGCUAGCGCAGCAGCAGAGUGCGCAGAGGCGGGCGAGGGAGAGAGAAGGGGGGCUCGGCGCGCUCGCUAGCUCGGAAGGGGAUCUCGUCGUCCGGCCGGCCGCUAUGGAGGGGGAGGAGGGCGGCGGCGGGGUGGACUGGGACAGCCUGGCCGAGGCCGCGUCGGGGGCCGUCGGCGCGCUCGUCAGCACCACCGUCCUCUACCCGCUCGACACCUGCAAGACCAAGUUCCAGGCUGACGUCCAGACGGACCACGGCGGACACAAGUACAGGAACCUCUCAGAUGUCUUUUGGGAGGCAAUUAAGAAGAAGCAGUUUCUGUCCCUGUAUCAGGGCCUCAAGACCAAGAAUGUCCAGUCGUUCAUUUCGCAGUUCGUUUACUUCUAUGGCUAUAGCUAUUUCAAAAGAGUCUACCUGGAGAAGAGUGGAGCAAAGUCCAUUGGAACAAAAGCCAACUUGUUGAUUGCAGCCGCCGCUGGUGCUUGCACGGUUGUCGUGACACAGCCACUGGAUACGGCAUCUUCUAGAAUGCAAACGAGUGCCUUUGGAAAGUCCAAAGGGCUGCGAGCAACUCUUGCCGAAGGUACUUGGCUUGAGGCAUUCGAUGGCUUGGGCAUUUCCCUUAUGUUAACAUGCAAUCCUUCAAUUCAGUACACUGUAUUUGAUCAGCUUAAGCAUAAGCUAAUUCAGAGGCAGAAACGUAAAGCAGAAUCAGCAGGUGAUUCUACCCCAGUUGCUCUUUCUGCCUUCUCGGCAUUCCUCCUUGGUGCCAUCUCAAAAAGUGUUGCUACAAUCUUGACUUACCCAUUGAUCAGGUGCAAGGUCAUGAUUCAGGCUGCCGACCCUGAUGACGAUGAUGAAGACGAAUCUGAGAGGCCAGGCCAUUCAAGGCCUCCCAAAACAAUGUUGGGUGCCAUGUGUGCUAUGUGGCACAAUGAAGGGAUCCCAGGCUUCUUCAAAGGAAUACAUGCUCAGAUACUAAAGACGGUUCUGAGCUCCGCAUUACUGCUAAUGAUAAAGGAGAAGAUUUCAAAGUUUACUUGGAUCUCACUGCUUGCCCUGCGGCGGUAUCUCUUUGUCUCUCAGAAGAGAAUCAAGAGUGCAUAAAUUUGGAAUCUCUUCACUGUAUCAUACACGAUCACCCCCAACAGCCAAUCUUAAUGUCCAAACGUCCACGGGGUAUUUCAAGAUCCUAUACGAAAUAACAGAAGGACAGAAGCCAAACAGCACCAUGUAAUGUGGAAUCACCUUCAUAGCGUCAGGGAAUGUUUUGAAUAAAUUUGUUUGUUUUUUCCCCCUUAAGCUCUGAGUCUCUGAUGCUUACUGAAAUGAGAUAGGUGCUGCCCAGGACUAGGACUGGUGAUGUUGUCUGUACUGCAAUGUGUAAAAUAUCACUUUUUUUAUAUUCCUUCUUUCUUUGUUGGAAAUCGAAUUAUAGCAAUUCUCA